AUGGCGGCGGUGGUAGCCCUUGGAGAUGUGCCAGACGGGACUGUGGUAACAGUCAUGGCUGGCAACGAUGAGAACUAUUCGGCCGAACUCCGGAAUGCCUCUGCUGUUAUGAAAAACCAAGUGGCCCGGUUCAAUGACCUUCGCUUUGUAGGACGGAGCGGACGAGGCAAAAGCUUCACAUUGACCAUCACAGUCUUCACAAACCCCACCCAAGUAGCAACCUAUCAUCGAGCCAUUAAAGUGACUGUUGACGGACCACGGGAGCCGAGAAGGCACAGACAGAAGCUUGAAGAACAAACCAAACCCUUUCCUGAUCGCUUUGGGGAUUUGGAAAGGCUACGACACUCCAUGAGAGUCACGCCCACCACCCCCAACCCACGAGGAUCUUUGGGCACACCUGGUCACUUUGGAACGCAAGCACAGAGUCAGAUACAAGGUACAUCUGACCUGAGCCCUUUCCCUGAUCCUCGUCAGUUUGACCGGCCCUUUUCUGCAUUACCGGGCCUGACCGAGGGCAGGUUUUCAGACCCUCGGAUGCAUUUUGGACCCUCGGGGGCAAUGUCCGCAGCCUUCCCUUACGCAGCCACACCCUCCGCCACUGGAAUUGGAGGCAUCAGUAUGACCAGCAUGCCUGCCGCCUCUCGCUUCCACCAUACAUACCUUCCCCCGCCUUACCCAAGCUCCACCCAAAACCAGAGUGGACAUUUCCAGACCAACCCAUCCCCUUACCAUCUGUACUACGGUACAUCCUCCGGGUCAUACCAGUUUUCCAUGGUGGCCGGGGGAGAGCGCUCGCCCACACGGAUGCUUCCCUCUUGCCCAAGCGCAUCGUCUGGCAACAGCUUGAUUAACGCCAGCCUCGCCAACCAAAAUGAUGGCAUUGAGGCGGACGGGAGCCACAGUAACUCGCCGACAGCUAUGACAACUACUGGGAGGAUGGACGAAGCUGUCUGGAGGCCAUACUGAAGAGGACCAGUAGACCAGCCACCUUUCACUUUCCUUGAAUUAGAAUGCCCAGCAGUGUGCUAUGUUAAGAAUUAAAACGAGCGGGUAAUUGAAAAGGGGGCUGCUGCGGUGGCCUUAGCAAUGCUCAUCCCAAAGAUAAGACUGCUCUUGUACAAGACAUAGGCAGUUGAUUAAGCAAAGACAGGCUGGAGAGAGGCUGAAAUCUGUAUGCAUUUCAGAAACGACAAAAAACUGUUUACCAUUGCUCCUUCAGGUUCCCCCUUGACUGGCAUCCAUCAUGUUCUGAAUGUACAUAGGAAUGUAUAGAAUGGGUUGCUUUACUUCUUUGCAGAGAGAUGUCUGAGAGAAAAAAGCCCUAAUCAAUCAUCUCAAAGGUCAAAGGAUUUUUAAAAUAAAUGUGUGUGUUUUUUUUAAAAAAAAGUCAGAAAAGUUUAAGAAUAUUAUAAGAUGCCCAGGCUGCAAGGGUUGGAUCCUGUCACCCCCUUCCAUUAAGCAGGAUCCUAUGACUUCCCUCCGCUAAGUCUUUCUCUAUCAGAGGAAGCCUUUGUUUGGCUUUCUGCCUUUGUUGGAGGAAGACUUAGCGGAGAAGAGUCAUAGUGGAAGGGAGUUACAGGACCCAGCCCCAAAUGUCAUAGUCCUGUUUUUUCUAACAUGCAAUAUUUAUCAUCACUGGACAAAAUAAAUGUGUUAAAUCAAUGAACUGGCAUUGGGACUUCCUAUUACUGAAGACAGCAAGCGAGAUGUGUAGAAACAGCUCAAAAGCCUUUGUGCUGUCACAUCCUGCCCCCCCUUUCCUUCUAGACAGCAGCUGCAGCCCCACCAGGAUGUAGGGUUAGCUGGUUGCCUCAUGUGGUGGCUUUGGGGCACUGGGGGGAGGCAGAUCUGACCCAUGGGGCUCAAGACACUGGGAAGUUCUUCCACUGAAGUGACUGUAGCUGCUGUCUGUGCCAGUGGGUCUUGUACCAAAGAACUUCCCAAAUGAAGUUGCAUCUCCUGUUAAUUAGCACCAGUGGUGGGGUACCAUUUUGAAUUUUCUGCCUCCAGAACCAAAUUGUCUUGGCCUGGGUUUGUGACUCUGCAGUCCUUUAACCACAAACAACACCCCAGAACUCUUCUGAUGAUGUGCGUGGACGCUAAUCUGGGAGAACCGGGUUUGAUUCCCCCCACUC